CACAGAAAGAACCGCAGUAACGUCCUCAUUAAACAAAUCAUGCCGUUGGUAAUUGACCAACAGAAUCGCCGACCAGUACUGCUAGUCUACGACCACCUCGCCGGGGAUCUGCUCUACGUACCCUUCACCGGCUAAUUACCGCCUCAUCCCGACCCAAACGUUCCCUUCUCUGUGCUUUUCGUGUUCAGAGCCGCUUAACCACAGUCCCGCCAGCUUUUUUUCGCUUUCGCGAGAUUUCUCGGCUUCCAAGUUCCCCCCCCCCCUCCCCUCCAUUAGUCCAUCCUCUUUCCACCAACCUGCCCCUUCCCCCUUCCUCCCUGUUCUUGUUAAUAGCGCUCACAAUCCUGUCACUAUCACUAGUCCCGUCCCACCUCCUUUCCGCGUUGAAGAUUUCGUACCUGGAUUGUGGAUUCUGAUCUCGUUUGCAGCCCCCGAUUCUACUUGUAAAAAUCUUGUAUUUGUUGCUGUCUGCAGUGGUAGGAAGGGGGAGCUUGUGCAGAGUUUUCUUUCCCUUUUUUUGUUCUUCUCUUUUGAUCGGGAGGCCGGGUUCUUGAAAAGAAUCGCGAUUGGAUUGUGUUUUCCGCUUCGUUGCAAUCCAAUCCAGUUUGUGGCGCCGGUAAGGGAUUCGGCACGGAAAGCACUGGUUUUUGUGCUUUCUUGGAUUCCACGGCAAAUUCAGGCUGCGAAAUCGGCGUCUUGAUCGCAUUCCGGCGGUUGCCAAGAAACCGAGCUGCGGAGAUGGGCUCGGAGGCGCCCAUGGCGGGGGCCAACCUUACGGCAGCGCUGUGCAAGAAGAGCAACCGCAUCGCGCGGGUGCUCUCCUACGCGCUGCUGGAGUGGAUCCUCAUCGCGCUGCUCCUCGCCAACAGCGUCUUCUUCUACCUCAUAUCCAGGUUCGCCGCCUUCUUCGCCCUGGCGCCUCCGUGCGCGCUCUGCUCCCGCCUCGGCGUCGACAGCCUCUUUGAGCCCCACCGCCGCCAAGGCAUCGGCGCGGGCGGCGGCGCCGAGCCCCUGCGCCGCGUGCUGUGCGACGCGCACGCCACCGAGGUGUCGCGCCUCGGGUACUGCCGCGCGCACCGCCGGCUCGCGGACGCCGGGGACAUGUGCGAGGACUGCGCGGGGGCGGCGGCGCCCGGGAAGGCGCUGCUGUCGUGGAUGGGGCGGAGCGAGCUCGGCGAGCGGGACCUCGCCUGCGCCUGCUGCGGCGUAGCGCUCGAGAGCGGCUUCUACUCGCCGCCGUUCUUGCUCCCCAUGCCGGCGCUGUGUGACUCGGAUUGUUGCCGCAAGGAAGAGGGCACGGCGAGUCUAAAUGGAGACGUGGUCUUUGUGUCGGUGGAAGGCCCUGUGCUCGAGCUCUUCGACGAGAAGCCAUUGGUGGAGGAUGACUCAAUUGGUGUCAUGGCUCAGGAUGCUAAGAUUGUUGGCAAUGUUGAGCGGCUGGUGCCUCCUGAAUCCAUUGACUCAUUGGCCGUCGGCAUGGCUGCAGUGUCAUCUCAAUCCGGUGGUGAAAGGAAGGAAGCAGUUGAUCAUGGGGCUGUCAGGCGGAACGAUUUGGUCCCAGAGAACACGGUUAAUGCCAAUGAGGAGAAACUUGUGAUGACAUCUGAUGAUGAGAAGGUGAAUAGUGUGCUUGAUCGGCCGAUCGAUGAACAGAUUGCUGCCGUAGUCCUUGCGCCCUCUUGUAUGGAAAGUACAUUUGAUGAUGGGAUAAAUGCAGACGAAACCGUGGAGAACUUUGCUGAUCAGCAGUCUCCUGAGGAGGACAGUGGAGUGAAAGAUCAGGAUCUGAAAAUAUCAAUUGGAAAUGAGAUAUCCGAGGAUGAGCAAGUUGAACAGGCUGUUCUAAAAGAGGAAUUAUAUACCAUGUCACAAGAUCCCAAGGACCAUGAAUUUGUCGAGAAGUUAUACAGAAGUACCGAGGUGGAGAAUUUUCAGCAGGCUGAGUUAAAGCAUAAAUUGGACUCUAUACCAAUGGAAGCUGCUGUGCAUGUUGCUGCGUCUUCUGAGGAGAAGCAGGUUCAGCAAGCUGAGCUGAAUCAGGAGUUGGAUUCAAUACCAAUAUGUCCCAGAAAGCAUGCUGAUGAAGAACUUGAAUGGGGGAGAACUGCACAGGCUGGGCUUGAGCAAGAAUGGGACUCUGUGCCAAUUGAUUCUGGGGAACAUGUUUGCGUGACUUCAUAUGCACAUGCUGAUGAUGAACAGGCUGAGGUGGAGCAGAAAUCCACUUCUGUGAGAGCAGAUGUUCUGGAGUAUGUAGCAGACAAUUUUGAUGAUAACACAAACACAGGGAAAGAUAUUGAAGAGGAUUCAACAGAAGCAAGCUUACACAAAAUUUCAUAUGAACCUUUGACAAGCUUGGACAAGUUAUCUCCUGAUCAUAGUUUUGUCGAAGAAGAGAGAGCUUCUGAUACACCAACUCAUAUUGAAGGUAUGUGCGAUUCACAGGAAUUGCUGGAUUCUAAAGCAGUGAUUUCUGACACUAAGUCCGCAGAUUCAAGUGUUGUAAUUAUGUCUCCUGAUCUGGAAAGCACUGAAUUGGUGAGUGUCGAUCAACUAAAAUCUGCUUUGGCAGCCGCACGCAAGUCAUUGAACAUGCUAUAUGCUGAACUCGAAAAUGAGAGGAAUGCAGCUGCUAUAUCCGCUGAUGAGACCAUGGCAAUGAUAAACCGCUUGCAAGAACAGAAAGCUGCAAUGCAGAUGGAGGCGAUUCAAUAUCAGCGUCUUAUGGAGGAACAAUCGGAGUAUGAUCAGGAAGCACUGCAGAGGCUGAAUGAAUUAGUCGUGAAGAGAGAGAAAGAGAAGCAAGAUCUGGAGAGAGAGCUCGAACUGUAUCGGCACAAGGUUCAUCUCUAUGAGUCAAAGGUGAGGAAAAUGUCCAGGCACAAGUCUGAUGACCAGAAUGGUUCAUCCUCAGCUUCAUCAAGUGCUGAGGACAGUGAUGACCUUUCACAAAGUUUCUAUGAAGGCGAUGAAUCUGCCCAUGGUCUGAAUGGAAGCAACGGGAGUAUUCCUACUGACGUUGUUCUACAAGAAACUGCUAGGAAUUUGGUUGCCCUUGAUGGCUCACUAGCUGAUUUUGAGGAAGAGAGACUCUCCAUACUGGAACAGCUCCAAGUCCUAGAGGACAGGCUUUUUGACCUCGAUGAUGAAGAAUCUGAUAACACGAAGAUGGACAAGCAUUUCUCAGAAGAAAACCAUUUAAGUGGUGCCUCAAAUGGUUUCUCUGAUGACGAUAGCUGCUUUAAACUUCAUGAUAAAAGAAAAGGUGUAAGCUAUAGAGGAAAGAAGCUCCUCCCACUGUUUGAUGAUGCUACUGUGGAAGCCGGAAACAUCCUUCUAACUAAGCAAGGUGAUGAGGCAGAUCAUUCAACAGAAGUCAUAUUUGAACUUGCUAGAGGGCAAGAUAAACUUGCAAUCGCCAAUGAAAUUAAUCAAGUCCAUGAGAGGCUGCAUGCUCUUGAGGCAGAUAGGGACUUUAUAAAACAGUGUGUGAGAUCUUUGAAAAGGGGAGGUAAAGGGUUUGAUCUUCUUCAGGACAUCUUACAGCAUCUUCGAGACCUGAGAAGGAUUGAGCAGCGUGCAAGGAACUCUGGAGAGCUUUCACCCCAUUAUCUUCAUCCAUACACGGUCUAAAGAUCAGCUACAGAGCCUCGUGAUCAUGUCCGACGAAUACAGAUUGAAGAUGGAAAUCAUACAACAAUGAUAAGAAAAAAAAAGAUUGCCGACUAAGUAGUAUUGUCAUUCGAGAAGCAGUUCGUGCCAGGAGGGAAAGGAGCUCCUCCUGGAACGCCUUCUCGGUCAGUUUGGCGACACCAUUCGGAAGGCAGAUCAUGGAGCAAUUUUGCCUUCCAAGGUCCAGGGUUUUUGUGGACCACUUCCAACGUUCUCUCUUUUCUUUGUUCGUUUAGUUUUCCGGGGGGCUUCCAAACUUUUGCUAAGGGCAAGAGGGUUGGUGAGCCGCCCGCCCCCAUGGGGUGUGUUUGUGGCAGCAAUCAUGGCUUUGUGGGAGCUUUGGAAUUCAUUAACAUGAAACAUGCCACUGCCAGCUUUGGUGCCAGGUAUAGUGAGUAUAAAAGGCUUUUAAAAAAAAGAACGGUAGUCCGAGUGGGGAUCUUUUUUAGUUGUUCUAGUUAUUCUUUUCCUUUAAAUUCUCUAGCUGUAUGUAAUGUACUUUCGGCUUUUGGAAUGGUGAGGUGUUGGUGCCGAGUGCAUAGCAUAAUUGUUUGAUGAGCA